AAUAGCCAACAAUACACUGUAUGUAUGUCAAAAUUAUGCAAUAUUAAGUAAAGAUCAUGUUCUAUUAAGAUAUUUUGUCCAUUAUUUUAGUCUGUUAUAUUGAAACAAAUCAGUCUAGACUUUGAGCAUGUGAACUUUCUACAGAAGCUGAAACAUCAAGAUAUGACGUGAAAUAUUUUUAAAAACAUAUGAAUAACGAAUAAUAAUCACUCCAAAAUUUUAAAAUAUACAAUCUACUCCACUUUACUGCAAAAUUCACUUGAUCUUGUGUUUCUGGUGUCCCACAUUCACAUGUGUAUGAAAGGAAGUCAGUGGAAGGAGAUGUCUGCUGUGAACGGCCCUUAAUAAUUACACAGGAAAAUUUUUAGGAAAAUUUAUUAAAUAUCAACCUAAAAGAUGAUGUCAAAAUAUGGCUGGUAAUUUCACAUUAGAUUAUUUUGUCACUGAUCAAAUAUAUUACUCAAAAUAUUUCAGAGCAAUGUUUUCUUUAUUUUCUUAAUAUUAUCUAUAAAGUAUUAAGAAUUAUUUAAGGGAAGGUGGCAGAGCAGCGAUUUGGGAAAUUCUGUAGCCAGAAGACGUCCAUUCAGUGCUGAUUGUCUUAAUUCAGUAAAUCUUGAUGUAAAAACAUUUGAAAUUGGAGUCAGAUUAAACGAGCAGCUAAAGUAAAAUUGAGACUAAAUUCUAAAAUUAAGUGAACUUCACAGGAGCGCUGAAAAGACAUACACACAUUAUACCUUCACCAGACCACUGGUUUCUGUCGCUGGAACGACAGCUGGUCCUUUAUGAUUGGAAGAUUAAUGUUAAAGUUUCAGGGACAUAUGCAACUGAUUUAUGCAAAUGCAUCAAAAUGAUCGUAAUGUUUACUUCCAUUUGUCUAUCAUAACAAGUCUCAAUUUUAUGACCUUUAACUUCAUAUUUCUCUCUUUAAAUUAUUUUGAUGUACUGAAAAUUAAAUGAAUUUUUUUCUUUCAUUUCAGAGCUGAUGGAAGUGAAGGAGGAGAGUGAAGAACUGAGUGAAGUGGAGGAGAAACAUCAUGACAAACCUGGAGAAAAACCUUUGAGUCGCUCAAAGACUAAAAAGACAUUUUUAAAGAAAAGAGACAAGAAAUCUACAACCUGCACUCAGUGUGGAAAGAGUUUAUCAACCAAACAAAGUCUUAAACGUCACAUGAGGAUCCACACCGGAGAGAAGUCAUUCACAUGUGAUCAGUGUGGAAACAGCUUCACACAAAGAGGACAUCUUGAGAUUCACAUGAGAGUUCAUACAGGAGAGAAGCUGUUCACAUGUGAUCAAUGUGGAAAGAGUUUCACUAACAAACAAAAUCUUGAUGUUCACAUGAGAGUUCAUACAGGAGAGAAGCCGUUCACAUGUGAUCAGUGCGGGAAGAGAUUCACAGAAAGAGGAAAUCUUAAGAGUCACACGAAAGUUCACACUGGAGAGAGACCAUUCACAUGUGAUCAGUGUGACAAAACAUUUCUAUGGGCAUCAAACCUGAAGAAACAUCUGACAGUUCAUACAAAGGAGAAGCCACAUUCAUGUUCUGUGUGUGGAAAGAGUUUUUCACAGCUGUAUUAUUUACAAGAACAUGAGAAAAUACACACUGGUGUGAGAGAGUAUGUGUGCUUUGAGUGUCAGAAGACUUUUAUUACAGCAAACCAUUUAAAAGUGCACCAGAGAAUUCACACUGGAGAAAAACCUUUCAAGUGUUCACAGUGUGACAAGAGAUUCAAUCAGUCAACACAUCUGAAAACACACAAGAGGAUCCACACUGGAGAAAAACCUUUCAAGUGUUCACAGUGUGGCAUGAGAUUCAGUGAUUCAUCAUAUCUGAAAACACAUGAGAGGAUCCACACUGGAGAAAAACCUUACAAGUGUUCACAGUGUGACAAGAGAUUCAGUGUGUCAUCAUCUCUGAAAACACAUGAGAGGAUCCACACUGGAGAAAAACCUUACAAGUGUUCAUACUGUGACAAGAGAUACACUCAGUCAGUAAAUCUGAAAAUACAUGAGAGGAUCCACAGCAGAGAGAAGCUGCACACGUGUGAUCAGUUUGGAAAGAGUUUCUCUUUUAAAAGUCACCUGAAGAUACACAUGAAGAUCCAUGCAGUGGAGAAACCACAUCACCACAGUCUGAAAUGAAGUAGUUAAUUUUUAUGUGCUGAACAAAAAAAUCUCUUCUGUGUAAGUUAGCCACAGCCAAAUCUCUCCGCUCCAGCUAUAGUUGGCGCCAUGGGCGACAAGUUUUAUUUAUUUAUAUAUUUUUUGCAGCUACAAAACGUAUUUUUGUACCUGCAUCAGCAAAUUAUUCACAAAAAUUUUAAGCAAACAAGUUUAACCCUUUAACGACCCAGUGGUCCGCUGGCAGGACGAUAGAGUUUUAUAAGGUUAAACAAGUUGUUUUUUUAAAUGAGGAGUAUGCCGUCUAACUAAUCUUUUAUUAUGCUCACAGUGCGCCGGUUAAAUGAAUUGCAAUAUUAAUUUAAUAAUAAAAGUAGCAUAAUAACAAUAAUUUAACAGCCCUGUAUGCCCAUCCACUAUACGCCACUGUGAAGGGGUGUUCAGGCACGGCAUCAAAGCGAUUACCUGUUUAAUCCAAAUCCACAUGCGUGGACUGUUCAAUAUUCAGUACUGCAAUGUCUGAGUCUCUCCAGUCACAUGAUGUUUCUCAUGUGUUUUCAGUCGGCGCAACGAAACGUUUACUAGACUGUGGACUAGCUUUGCUCUAUGAACAGUGGCAGCCUGCAGCUGAAUUUUUGUGAUCACUGAAGCCCUGGGUAUACUUCGGCCGUUCGCGUUUGUGAAUUUGACGUUCAUAAUUUUCGUCGUGUGGCAGGCUUGUGGCCAGCCGCACACCCCGCCCGCAUGCAGCCCAAAUUUCGAGACCGCGCAGAUGGUGCACAUGCAACGGCGCAUGCACAAGCAAGACGGAAGAGUCCACUAGGUGGCAAUACGCACAGUACUGAGCACAACGUGCAGUCGUCAAAGAAGAGUGUAAAAAGCGAUUCAAAAACAAGACAAAUAAACUCAGAUGCAUGCUUUCCCCAUCGUUUUUUAAUUCCUGUUCUCUUGGUGUAUCUUCUGAACUAUGUUGCAAUGGUGGAUGCACGGACACGACUGCACGCGAGACACGUCCAGGCGUGGAAAGUGAAGUAUACUCGGGGCUUGAUGGUGCGCUGUCUUUCCGCACUCACGGUCAAAGAAUUAUCUUUGAAAGGCAUGGACACUCAACUGUGCGCGAGAUGGAGCAGAACGUGGGAAAUGACAUAUACCCGGGCCUUAACCACUCCAAAUUGUAGUGGACUGGAGCUGACGGCUCACUUUGGGAAAAAUACCCCCCCAAUGUCCC